AUAUUGGUCUCCUUUGCUCAUACCUAAGUCGUAUCCCACCGACUUCGUCCUUGAGCGUCGCUCUCUUCAGCCCGUCGUGGCUUUGUUCACGAGCGCCGUAAAACUGGAUCUCCCGCCCAUUUCCCAGUCGCAAACCCGGGGAACGUCAGACGUACCACCAUACUACGGUGCUUCCAUUCCCCAGCGUCCGCCGUAUGUAAGUGAGAGGUUGCCUUCGCUUCCGUUGCCUCAGGCGCCAUUGGCAUACUCUUCGAGUACAUCGUCUCCCCGGGUUAGCUCCAUUGCAUCUUCGACGAGUUCCAACGGAGACUCGCAGUCGUCUUUCACAUCAGCCCCAUCGUCAAACGGCCCUAAGACGCCGUCCCCAAGUCUCCCAGUCACGACGGCGAUAUCUGGGCCCACUUCCCAGGCCAUUGGUGGGUACGAUCAGUAUUCCGCGAUGAAUCCGGCGCCUCCAGACAUGUAUUACCAGGCUUCUCACAUGUCCGCCGGUCCAGCACCGCAACCUCAAACUGUAACGUCCAAUGCAUUGCCUCAAUAUGGUCAUCAGCAGCCGACGUUGCUACAGCCAGGGCCUCAGUACUCUGCGCCUCAGUAUCAAUAUGGUUACGCCAACGGUUUGACCUCUCCACAGUCUGCCCCUCCAGCCGUCUCGGGCGUUUCUCACGUUCCAAACGUGCUUCCCCUCCCGGGAGUCCCUAACCAAGCAGGCAUGCAAAAUCAAUACCAGGGUUUUGACACAACAGGCCAAAUCGCGCCGCCGGGCAUGAAACCCCGGGUCACGGCUACGCUUUGGGAAGAUGAAGGUAGCCUUUGCUUUCAGGUUGAAGCAAGGGGUAUUUGCGUUGCGCGUAGAGAAGACAACCACAUGAUUAACGGGACAAAAUUACUUAACGUUGCUGGAAUGACUCGUGGUAGGCGAGAUGGAAUUUUGAAGAGUGAAAAAGUACGACAUGUUGUCAAGAUCGGACCAAUGCACCUCAAAGGAGUCUGGAUCCCGUUCGAGAGGGCCUUAGAUUUCGCCAACAAGGAGAAGAUCACGGAGCUGCUGUAUCCUCUAUUCGUUCAUAACAUUGGGGCUUUAUUAUACCACCCCACAAACCAAAAUCGGACAAACCAGGUAAUGGCUGCAGCUGAGCGGCGAAAGCAGGAACAAAACCAAAUGCGAAAUGGACCGGGUCCCGCGCCUCCUGCCGGCGUCUUACCGUCUAUACAACAGCACCACCACCACAUGGGACUACCGGGUCCCCAACCUUCGCUCCCGUCGCAUAACAACGCGGGACGGCCGUCACUUGACAGGGCUCACACGUUCCCGACACCGCCGACUAGUGCGUCGAGCGUAAUGGGAAACAUGGGAACAUCUGAAAGUUUUCAAUGGGGUCAGCAAGGGAUGAGUGGUGCCCAAGGUACUAAUCCUAUGUCAAUAGAUACAGGUCUUAGCAACGCUGCGCGUUCGAUGCCAGCCACGCCAGCCACUACUCCUCCUGGUAGCACUCUGCAAAGCAUGCAAUCUUACUCUCAAGGUAGCCAGCCAUAUGAUAGCUCUCGUGGGGUGUAUAACGGCCAAGCUACCCAACAGUCUCCCUACCCACCUUCAAACAGUAGUCCACAGGAUAGGAUCUAUGGCCAACCGAGCUCAUACCUCAAGAGUGAGAUGGGACCACCGACCGGACGCCCAACCGGUCCAGGACCGAACGAACCGCCCGAUGUCAAGCCAUCGAAUGGGUUGUUGCAGCAUAGUGACGGUGUUCCUCACCCAUCAGGCGAUGACGAAGCUGAGCACGAAGCGGAGUAUACUCACGAUAGCGGAGCUUACGAUACCAACAGGACAUCGUAUAACUAUAAUGCACCGCCCGUUGCUCCAUUAACAGGCGACCAUCAACAUAUUCCGCCGGAAAUGACUGGUUCGCCAAACCAUCAAGCAGGGUCUGGCCGUGCCACGCCCAGAACCGCUGCCCCGCCGCAGCCGUACUACACCCAACAAGCGGGAUAUAAUACGCCACCACGUGUGCCGCCUUCGAGUAAUCUUUAUAAUGUAAUGAGUGGCGAUCGUGCACCUACUAAUGGCGCGUCGGCGCCCGAUGUUUAUAGCUCUCAAAGCGAUAUGGGUGCCCCAAUGCAGAAUGGCUAUGCCCCCCAGCCCGUUAUGAAUGGUGCACCUGGCGGUUUAAAGCGAGGCCGCGAUGACGAGGACGACCUCCCUCGACCGUCGAGUGGUGGCUUAGACCUGAAGCGCCGGAAAACUGUGAUAGAUGGACCUAUUCCCCCACCUGGAUACGAUACAAUGAAUCGCCCCGCCUCGGCGGUGGCUCGUCGACGAUAACCUCGACCCGGCAGUUUUUUCGUAUUGUCAUUUCGACAAUUUCCUACCUCUACGCAUUAAUCUAGGCGUUGGAGCACUUAUGCGCAAAAAUAGAUUCAACUGAGAAGAAUCAUUUGGGCGUUUUAGAGUGCAACGUCGACCGCAAGAUACGCUCUUUUAUCUAUUCCCUUCAAAAUCCUUUGUAUUCGCGCGACAAUUCAUCAUCGACAUGUUUGGGCCCAUCCACCAAAAGAUACGAUGACGAAAAUUACGACUUCAUUCUUGAUUGUUAUUAACUGCCCUAGAAGGCCGUGUAAAUGCUUCACGAAUUGACGCGUCGCAUGGUGGACCUUAAUUUUUUUG